AUGCUGGCGGCGGCGCUGAGCGGCAGCGCUGAUCAGGAACAGACGACGCUGGACGUGUCGGACGCCUCGGGGGGCUCGCCGCCGGGCGACGACGAGUUCGGCCUGGUGGAGACCGCGCUCAGCGCCCACCUGCGGCCCAUCGUCACCGACUUCGUCAAGCUGGAGGUGGAGGAGCACGAGCUGGAGGACCCGGGCGACCGGGAUGACCUCGACUGGGAGGUGCCGACGGCCGGCGAGAACGACAGCAGCUACGGGCGACCGUACCUCACCACGGCGGGCCGGUCGGCGGCGCGCCACAACGGCCCCAUCGAGGUGCUGGAGCUGCCCGAGCGGCGCGUGCGGCUGGUGGUGGUGCGCGACAGACUGGUUAUACAGAACACCGACGAAUCGGAUUCGGAGCCUACCCCGUCGCACAAUGACCUGACAUUUAUGGAGCUGGUAAAGAUCAAGGAGGCCGUCACCAAGAAGGUGGAUGAGACUAGCGCCGGAGGUCCCGAAGAGCAUAUCCGGCGGCUACGCAUGGCGCGGCGUCAGGCCAUCUCCUGGGUGGAGACCCGUCUUCGAUCCGAGGCACAGGGAGACAUUACGCCCAGCUCGCACGGCAAGCAGGGCAAGUCCAAGUAUGACGCGCUGAUCACGGCCAGGCCGACGACAGCGGCGGCGGCGCUCACGCCGGCCCGGGCCGCCACCGUCAGCUCGUCACGUGGCAGGGGCCGCCCGCUGCUGCCCAAGCCACCGAUGGUGCGCCUUACCGGGGCGCGGCACGUCACCGUCGAGGGCCAGCCGCCGACCGCCGUCGACGCCGACGACCCCGACUACGACCCGACGGCUGGCGACGACUUCGACAACGAGCGCGCCCGCAAGCUGUCCGCCGCCACCCGGCCGACACAGUUUACCCAGGCUCGUGUGAACAUUCAGACGACCUUGAAAACGCAGAAAAUCAACCGCGACCUGGUGAUUCUACAGGCCAAACAGCGUGAUCUGCAGAACGUGGGGGCCGAGCUGCGGCGGGCGGUUGAUUACUUCAGCGUGGAGGCUACCAAGGACCAGGCCAAGAUCGCGCGGCUGAAAAAUGAGAACUCUCUGCUGGAGAAGAAGUUGAAGGAUCUGGAAACCAGCAUCCUGGGCAACACGCCCCAGCAUUCUAAUUGGGCUGCUGGACAAGGACAAGCGGAAGCAGCUGACGGCCCAAGACGAGGCGGUACUGGAGUGCGGCGAGCUGUUAGCCGAGGUCGGCAAGGAGAACUACACCUUCCUCAUGGCCCAAGGUCUCCCACUGCUCUCCGCGAAGGAGCUGGAGGAAAAGACGCGCGGUGUCAACAUGGCCUGGCAGCUGGACCCGUCCGAGCUGCUGGCGGCCGCCGCACCGCCGCCGGCCACAGGCCGGGGCCGCGGUAAGAAGCGCCGCCGCCCGGUGGAUC